UUAUUCUUGCAAACGCUCGAUCGUGAGAGAAGCGAUAUAGACAUCUACGGUCGUCCGGUUUUCACGCAUAAAAUUGGUACUCUAUGUGGUGAUUUCGCCGAUUUCUUGUACGCUUGACGCCGUUUUCUUGCAAACGCUCGAUCGUGAGAGAAGCGACAGAGACAUGGCCGGUGGUCCGGUUUCCAUGCUUAAAAUUGGUACUCUAUUUGCUGAUUUCGCCGGAUUCUUGUACCCUUUUCUUUUCUUUUCUUUUUUGGGUUUUUUUUGGUUUGAUCGGCUCCGAAUUCUUGUACUUGUUAUGCUUGACGCCGUCUUUGAACGAGAGGCAGGCUUUGCUUUUGGUACUUCGGUUCCAUAAUUCACUGAAUUUCUGUACCUGUUGAGCCCAAUUAUUUUUCCUAACUCAUCAUGACGAUACUGUUGCUCCGGCGGUGGACGUCUUUAAAGGAGAUGCGAGAUCAGUUAUUGCCUCACCGCAUUCCGACCAAGCUACAAUCAAAGAGGAGGUGUGAGAAUAGGUGAAGUAUUGAUUUAUUUCCAGUUUCGAUUCCGUUUAGAUUCCAUGAUUUAGGGAAAAGAGUUUUCCAGACCAUCAUUUUUACAGAUUUUACGUUUGAAAGUCAGUGGAAUAGGAAUGUCAUAACUCUCAAUGAUGUAUUCAACUAAGAAAUUAAUUCAGUCGCAGUUCUACUCUAAGUUUAUUGAUUAAUUGCCAGUUUCGAAUCCGAUUUGAUUCCUUGAUUUAGGGAAAGCAGUUUUCCAGACCAUAUUUGCUGCAGAUGUUAUGUUUGUAAGUCACUGGAAUAGGAGUGAACUAACUCCCAAUAAUGUAUUCAACUAAGAAAUAAAUUCACACACAUUUCUGCUCUAAGUUUAUCCUUGUUGAAAAUUAUUUCAAAAUUUUCCUUUUGUUCAUACUGGAUUCUGUCAAUUUGUUUCUGAAUUUUUUUCUUUUCCAAACUAUGGCAUGACUGAGGAUGUGUUCAGACUCGAAAGCUCAUUUAAGGAUAAGCUGUAGAUGUUUGCAAGCCAAGAUGGUUUAUUACAGACUGAGAUGUGUGAUCCUCACAACUUGACACCUCUGACACCAUCAUUCCAGUUCUUUGACCAUCGAAAGGAUGCGUCAAAAUCCCAGUUCUCUACCCGAAGAUGCCUUCCAUCACCUGAAUCCAAUAUUAAUUUCUUUCCACCCUAUGGAAAGUCACCGGUUUCCAAAAAUUCUCAGUCAUGCCUUGUUACUGAAAGAUAUGAAAAACAUUGAAGACAUAUCUUCUCAUCAGGACUUGGAUUAUAGCAAUGGAGAGGCCAUAGAUGAAUUCUCAUUGGGAUAUGAUGGCCUUCUCGAUUCAUGUGAUCUCAGUACAUUGCCCAAUCUUCCAUCGUCAGUGAAUUCCCAUUGUUGGCGGAAUACACCAAUCACUCCUUUGCUCAAUUUAGUAGGACCCAACUUAUUCGGGCAGUUGCCCAAUCUGGGGUUCAAAAUUACUGAAUGAGGUAAGUCAACAAAGGCUAUGUAAGGAGGGGGUUUUUUCCCCUGGGAUUGAAGAUUGAACCCUAUAAGUUUCCAAUCACAUGUGCAGGCUGAACCUUUUCUGCGACUAUGUUCUCUCUUUCUCUCUCUCUGUAGAGAAAUGAAAAUGCACAGUACUCUGGAAAUGUAUUUUGGCAAACAAUGCUCACUCAUGUAGAACUUGUCUAUGCCUAUUUUGUUUGGGGAUUGAUGUAUAUUAACCAGAACUUUGUCCGUGCUGUACAGUAAGUAAUAAAGCCAUGGCCUGCUGUCUUUUGUGGUCUAAAAAGUACUCUAGCAGAGCUUGCUUUGUGAAGUGCCUUGCCGUCUUUAUUGUAUCAACUGGUUUGGUGGCAGUUCCAUUUGUUCUAAGACUUGACAAUAAAAGGCAUUGGCUUCACUUGGCGUUGGUGGUUCUGGUGAGUGCGUAUCCGUGUGCACUUAUCCUCUCCACACCAGUAGCCACUUUCUGCAUGCUUUCAAAGCCAGCAACCUCUGGGCUUUUAAUCAAAGGGGGAGAGUAUCUCGAAACUCUCUCUAAGAUAAAGAUCUUGGCUUUCGACAAAACUGGUACAAUUACAAGAGGAGAAUUCGUGGUCACAGAUUUUCAUUCGGUGUCCAAUGAAGUUACACUGAACACACUGCUUUACUGGGUUUCAGGCAUCGAGAGCAAAUCAAGUCAUCCAAUGGUGGCUGCACUUAUUGACUAUGCACAGACACUUUCCAUCGAGGUGAAACCUGAAAGAGUGGAAGAAUUUGAAAAUUUUCGAGGAGAAGGGGUUCAUGGGAAAAUUGAUGGGAAGGAUGUCUAUGUUGGAAACCAAAAAAUUGCAUCGAGAGCCAGGUGGGCGACAGGCCCCUGUGGUGAAGGAAAGUCCGUUGGUUACAUAUUCUUGGGAGCGGCUCCAGCUGGAAUUUUUAGCCUCUCUGAUAGUUGUCGAACUGGUGUAAGAGAAGCGAUCAACGAGCUGAAGUCAAUGAACAUCAAAACUGUAAUGCUGACCUGAGAUAGCCACGAGGCAGCCAUAGAAGCACAAAAACAGGUGAAGGGUCAGCCCUGAAAUUUCAAAAUUUGGCUGGCAUACAAGAUAGUAUUUUGCAAGCAAUGGCAAAUUGCAGCAAGCCACUAGGGGGAACAAUGUCCCCACAAAAAUUUUCUAAAACUGCACUUUGGUCUACAUAUUUUAAUUUUUAUUACAGGUUAUAUCCUCCAAAAUAGCAUAUAUGCCCCCAUUUAGAUUGAUUUAAUAGUUGUCAACUCUGAACAAAAUAUUCCUGACUGCAUUGCUGCUUCCAAACAUUGAUUUUUCUUCGUGUUUUUAUAAAUUGCUAAGAGAGGAGAUGAAUUUUU